AUGGAUACAUUGAACGUAGAUAGGUCUUAUGGUAUUGAAGAUUAUAGUCCUUCGAGAAGCGGUUUAGGCCUGGAACCGUCGACAUUAAUAUCGGUGCUGGCGUUCUUCGCAUUUCUUUUACAUGCCCUUUUAAUACUGCUCAUACCAACGCUAAAAUCGUUUUUCGCUGGACCGUUCUUCGGUCAUGGAUACGGCAAUGGGAUUGGCUAUGGAAGCGGUUUCAACGGUGGAUUCGGCGGACAAGUGCUGGGUGGCGGUGGUUUCAACAACGGUUUCGGCGGCGGUUUCGGCAGCGGUUUCGGGUAUGGGGCUAUACCGUCCAUACUUGGUGGCGUCAACGGCAUUUUAGGCACAGGCUUAUUGGGCACAACGGGUCUAUUGGGCACAGGAUUGUCAGGACUCUUUGGUCCGGGAGUGGCUGGCUUAGGCGUCGCAGCGCCUGCAGCUGCGGCAGCGGGAGGGACGUCGAACACCCGUGUCAGAAGUCACGACGGUCAGACGAUUGGCGACGAAGAUACUCAAAGAUGGCAGUCCGGUGACAAUGACGAACAAGUUAAACCCGUUGCAGAAGUAGUCGAAUCGAUGGGUCGAAACACUCGAAAGAUAAACACGAACAAACUGCAACGUAAAUGUUAUUUUUAUUUUUGUUUACCAGGUAAAAUUAAAUUUGAUCAUAUGUUGGUUUUAAAAGAACAUAAAUUAUAAUAUUAGAAUAAGUAGGACAACGAGCUCUUAACAUAAUUAUAUCAACGUAUAGGUGUACUGAACUCCGAAAUAAAUACUAAAUAGUAAAUGCAGACAAUACCACAGUGAGUGUAAAAGAUCCAAUCAUCAAAAUAUAUUUUUAAUUACCAAAAAUAAAUUUUAGUUUUUGCUGAUAUAUUAGAUUAAUUACAGAUUAAUAAUUACACACCUGAGCUAAAAUUUAACCAAUUUGCUAGAAAUAAAUUGAUAUACUUCAUUUAUGCAUCAGCAUUUU